AUGAAUCUCAUUACCGGUACAUGGGCUAACAAGCACAAUGUCUUCGAUAAUGAUGUUAAAAAUCCUAACUAUCAUUAUAAGAAUAUUUUUAGAUUGCUAAAAGAACAAGAACCACAGAAAAAGAUUGCUAUCUUCUCAACUUGGACAGACAAUCGUAUCAAACUUGUUGGUGAGGGAUUAUCACACGCAGGUGGGGUUUCUUUCGAUUAUAGAUUCGAUGGAUAUGAACUCGAUCAGAUUGCUUAUCCACACGAUUCAGAAGAUUAUUACAUCUAUCAUAUCGAUGAGCGUGUGAUUAAUGAAACUGCUGCGUGUAUACGAACAUCUGCACCUGAUCUAUCAUGGGUUUAUUUACAAUAUACCGAUGAUGUCGCACAUAUGUUUGGCGACAGCGAUCAAUUCAAUCAAAGCAUUCUUAACUUUGAUAAUCAGAUCAAACGCAUCUGGGAAACGGUUGAGUAUCGACAGAAGACAUUCAGUGAGGAUUGGUUAGUGAUUAUUACAACCGAUCAUGGUCGAGAUCCAAAUACAGGGAAAGACCAUGGAAAACAGUCCGAUCGAGAACGUACGACUUGGAUAGUAAUCAACAAGCACGAUACCAAUGAUUAUUUUCGUGAUUUUCAACCGGGUAUCGUUGAUCUAUUACCGACGAUGACACGAUUUCUAGGUAUAUCUGUUCCAUUAGAAUCGGUUCGAGAGCUCGACGGAGUUCCGUUGAUUGGAAAUAUUUCGUUAGCUAAGCUUCAAGUAAACUUGCUUGGUGAUCGUAUCGAGUUUACUUGGAAAGCAUUCGAUCAUGUUGGCAACGUAACAAUAUGGCUUUCGACUACUAAUUCAUUCAAGAACGGAAUAACCGAUGAUUAUCAAAUGAUAGGAACAAUAGCAAUCGAUAAGGAAGCAGCUAUGAUUGAUAUACAGAACUAUCCAUCGAAUUUCUACAAGGUUGUGCUAGCAGGUCGACAUAAUAUGGUCAACAAGUGGCUUUUUCGACCAGGCUACAAUUAUUCACAAGUCAAUACAUAA